AUGUCCGAUAAAGUUAUCAAUCCUCAAGUCGCAUGGGCUCAAAGGUCUAGUACUACUGAUCCAGAAAGAAAUUAUGUCUUAAUCACUGUGUCAAUUGCAGACUGUGACGCCCCUGAGUUAACCAUUAAGCCAACUUACAUUGAAUUAAAGGCUCAAUCAAAGCCUCAUGUUGGUGAUGAAAUUGUUCAUCAUUAUCAACUACACAUUGAUUUAUACAAGGAGAUUAUACCUGAAAAAACAAUGCAUAAAGUUGCUAAUGGCCAACACUAUUUCUUGAAAUUGUACAAGAAGGAUCUAGAAUCUGAAUACUGGCCACGUUUGACAAAGGAAAAGGUGAAGUAUCCAUAUAUCAAAACCGAUUUCGAUAAAUGGGUUGAUGAAGAUGAACAAGAUGAAGUUGAAGCUGAAGGUAAUGAUGCCGCCCAAGGAAUGGAUUUCAGCCAAAUGAUGGGUGGUGCUGGAGGUGCUGGAGGUGCCGGUGGCAUGGACUUCAGCCAAAUGAUGGGUGGUGCCGGAGGUGCUGGAGGUGCCGGUGGCAUGGACUUCAGCCAAAUGAUGGGUGGUGCCGGUGGCGCUGGUUCUCCAGAUAUGGCUCAAUUGCAACAAUUAUUGGCCCAAAGUGGUGGCAAUUUGAAUAUGGGAGAUUUUAAAGAAAAUGAUGAAGAGGAUGAGGAAGAGGAAAUAGAACCGGAGGUGAAAGCUUAA